AUGUCAUCGUGGGACGUGGCGAUGGAAGAGGAGAUUCAGCUGUCCCAGGAAACGAGCGCACAAAUUUCUGAAGCCGACAAGAGACGCACUGAGAGCACAGAUGCAGGUGUUGCAAGUGAAGAAGGGGGAGCGCGGGGGUGCACAGUGCCUCGCACGUGGUGGGCUGGGCUUUUGAAGGCGGCUGGCAACGGGUGUGGGCUGCCUGAUAUUCAGCCGCCAGCCAGGUCGCUGAACAUAGUGUCAGGCUGCACUGGUUGCUCAGCUGAAAGCUUCGUCUUGCAGGCCUUCGGCUAUGACUUCCAGCUCCACAGCAUCUCAGAGCGAAGCAAUGCUUACCGCGAUUUCCUUCUCGAGAACCAUGGUGACAGAUUGCUUCAUGUUUUCGGUGAUGUUAAGUCACAGUUGGAAGCAAGCGAUGCAAGGCCGUGCCUCACUUGUGCGGCAAAGAACAUCGUGUGCAAUGAAAGUGAAUUUGCUGGAGAGGUGCACUUGAUGGUAGCCGGAUCGCCGUGCGAUCCGUACAGUGUUAUGCGCCAGAAGCGUUUCCAUGAAGAUAGUGUGAUGCGACAUCGGGAUUACUCAACAAUGUUUUCCAGUGUUCUCCGUAUGAUUGCUAAAUACCUGCCCUUCAUCACCAUACUGGAACAACUGCUCGGGUUUGACCAGAAGUUCGAUGCGGCUUCGCCCGAGACGCCCUACCAGAGGCCUGCUGCUACAGCUGAUACUCUGUAA